AUGGCACACAGCAUAGAUGUUUCUGAUAUUGAGAUCAGUGUUCAAUAUGAUAUGUUUGUUGAGCUGUCAGUCAACAUGCUAUGGCAGCAAUUGAAUCAGACUACUUGGGCCAGUGAUUGGUCUGGAACAUUUGUGUUGUUAGUCAAGAAGAAUUAUAAAGAUCUCUUGACUGUGGCUGUCAGUGUGGCUGUCAUUAUUGUCAGAUCAGUGAUGAUCAGUAUGAACAGUCUCUUUGUAGAAGAUGAUUCAGUUAAAGAUGCUCAAUUAUCAUCUGAGCUGAAAAUGAAGUCUGUCAGUGGCACUAAAAGUAGCUGA